AUGCUCGAUGGACUCUAUUCCGAGUUUCACUUUUGCUGGAUGUGCAUGCGCACAAUGAUGCCAACAGAUAAGGUCAAGAGGAAAUAUGGCCUCCAUAGGCAGGAUUCAGAAAAGCAACACCAAGGCUUUUGCUGCCUGAUCUGCAAUUUUUUUCUCUGCAGCCAGCAGUGUGCCGCAACAGCCAAUGCAUGCGCCAGCAAAUUGUGUGCCCUGUUCUCCAUCGUCCACGAUCACCACAGCGGGGCACUUUCCUCAAACGAGUUUUUGCGGUUGCGGCAGGGUUUUUGCGCAGCACUAGGACUAGAACACCAGCAUGAUGUUGCUGCCGUGGCCAGUGCAAGGAUCUGCGUGGUCAUGACAAAACGGUUGCUUGAAAGGAAGCAGCAAGAACUGAAUCUGGAAGACCUGGGCGUUCUUUCCUUGGUAUGUCAGGAUCUCUGUCAGAAGAUCUUGGACAAAGCACAGCAAAUGCACACACGUCGCCAUAGGAAACACCACACGACAGCUAGACAUUCGCCAAGCCUCAGAGAAGCUCGACACUUGCAGGCGCUGCAGAGCAACAUUUCCAAUCUAGUCAAAAAUUACAACAAUCGAGGAUCACAUGUAAGCACCGCCGUGAGUACUGAUAACGCCUCGGUGGAACCAAGGAAGAACGAACAGGAACUGGCAUCAUUUCGAUCGGCGUGCUGCCUCUUUAACCGAGGACGAUUCGAAGAGGCGGAGCAAAUGUACGUACCCUUCAAAUAUGGACUGGUUCAAGAAUAUGAAGGAGAAAAGACCAAGGCACUUGAUAAGGCCGGCAAGGUCUAUGCACUCGGAUUGAACCGCUUUUUGGAACAAGACUUCGAUAGUGCGCUGUUGGAACAUCGACGGUGUCUCAGGCAUUUCAAAGAGGUGAUGGGUUUGGACCACCUAGUCACGACAAUUGUUUGGACUCAGAUAGUGAUUCUUGAAUGGUUGAAGGGAUCCGAGGCACAUGCUCAGGCGGAUCACCAGAGUAUUGUCGAGGUUCAAACCAAGCUUCUGGGGCGCUGUCAUCCCUUCGUUCAGUCCACGGAACUACUAUUGAAGUGUGCCAGGCAUGAGAACUGUCUUGAAAACAAAGCACAUCACAUUCCAUCUUGGUUUAGUCUUGCCGACAAGAAGCAUUUCUGGCUCCUGGACGAGUACAGGAAAUGUCUCGGAUAUCAUGACUAUGGGGCACCAGGUCCACACACAUCACAAGCAAGCCUUGAAGCUGCACACAAGACCUUGAUGGGUAUUCGCAGCACGUUGUCGGCCCUACAAACAUGCGAAAACCUGCCGACUUGCCGAAUCACUGAAUUCCAAGAGAUUGUUGCAGAGAAACGGCAUCUUCACGACGAGGCGAGGUUGCUCAAAGCUAGUGCCUUAUACGCCUUGGCAGCAAAACAUGAAUCACAGGGGAAACCCGAUAUGGUUCUAAGCAAUCUGCAGCAAUGCAAAGAGGUACGAAAAGAUAUCUACGGAAAAGAUGAUGUCAUGUUGAGUGAAAUUGAAUCAAAGGUCGAGGAAACCCAAGCCCGUGUAAAGAAACUGAGCACGAUGGCAGUGAGUGUCUACCACCUGAAGACUGCUUUCAUUAAAGACCUUUGCGCAGCUGGCUAUGGAAAGUCAAACUCAAUUUACGAAAUAGAAGACCUUCGUGGUCCUCCCGGAUUCAUUCGUCAGAAAGGAGAGGGCACAGUUUGCCCCCUUUCGGGUGAGCUUGGUUCAUCCUACGUUCACGCUUGUAAAGGGGGUGCUGACAAUGUAGGCUCUGCCAACUAUAUGCUAUCAUAUUCGUGGAAGUACUCGGUUGGUGAUAUUAUUGACACUUUGGACUCAUUUUGCAAAGCAAACAAGAAGAAUCCGAAACGUACAUAUGUUUGGAUCUGCUUCCUCUGCGUGAAUCAAUGGCGCGUCGUGAAGCAGUCGGAGCUCGAGCUCUCAGGGACGCUGGACACUGCUGACUUCUUCACAAUCUUUGGCGACCGGGUUGCUUCCAUUGGUCACAUCCUGGCCAUGAUGACUCCCUGGUACAGACCAACUUAUCUCGAACGCAUCUGGUGCAUUUUCGAGAUCUUUACUGCGCAUCGAAUUGGCUGCAACGUAUCAUUGGUCAUGCCGCCGUCGCAGCGGAACUCUCUUGAGCACGCCUUGUUCGGUAAGAAAGAAUCGGGAAACCUUGAUGCAUUUUAUGACGUGCUGAGUAAAACCAGAGUACAAAAUGCGCAGGCUUCUGUCGACAAAGAUCGCGCGGCAAUUCUGGAAAUGAUUGGAGAGCGCCCGGGUUACGCUGUCAUCAAUCGUUUCGUCAACGAACUCAUGCGCCAGUGGCUUGGAGGUGCCAUAGCCGAGACGGUGGCUACAUGGCAACAGGUUGGCCACGUUCGACAUCGCGACGUGCUCUACUCGAUGCUUGGUCAGGGAGACAAGAAGCGCAACGAUCGACUAGCCUAUGCUACGUUUUGUACCGACAUUGGACUUCUGUUCGAACGCAAUGGAGAGCACGAGUCUGCACUUAACAUGCAAACAAAAUCUUUGACAGUGAGAGAAUCAGUCUUGGGAAAAAGGUCGUCCGCCACAGCAGAAUCGCAUUGCCACCUCGGCUGUGUUUUGAAGUCCAUGGGCAAGUACAAGGAGGCUGCAUCAGAAUUCGAGAAGUCUCUCUCGAUUGUUCAUUCUUCACUUGACAAGGACCAUCUCCAAGCCGCGACGGUCUACACUUCCUUUGGUGUGCUACUUUGUAUCCAAGGAAACUAUGAUUUGGCUUUGAAGUUCCAUCGCAAAGCUCUCGCAAUUUACAAAAAAAGCAAGAAGUCUCCUAGCUUGGACGUCGCAACUGAACAUGACAACAUUGGAAGUGCACUUUUUCACAAAGCAGAAUACAGGGGUGCGUUUGAGGAAUAUCGCUCCUCGCUUCGGAUCCGCCAAAGCAAUGCCAGUCAGCAAAGUUCAGUUGAAACCACUAUAUCACUCAAGAACAUUGCACGGGUUCAUCAGGCAACUGGCAAAUUCGAUGAAGCUCUCUCGACGCUUCAGUUGGCUGCUGCGACAUUGAACAAAAGUGUCGCCGGUACGAAUGGGCUGGAGAAGGCAUCCAUUCUUCAGGCUCGAGGCGAUGUUCUUUUGGAGAAAGGGUCCUUUGAGGAUGGGAUACGUGAGUAUCAAGAGGCUCUUGAUACUAUUGAGUCUAUUCUUGGUGACGAGCAUCCGGAUACUGCAGUUGGCUACCAUAAAAUGGGAUUGGCUCUGCAAGCCAAGGGUGACUUUGAUUCCGCAAUGACGGCAUUGCUGAAGGGUAAAGAAAUCCGAGUAUCUCGGUUCGGCUCGCACCAUCCCGACGUUGCAGACUCAAAGAGAUGCAUUGGCAUUCUGCUACAUGAAAAAGGCGUAUACUCCUCAGCCCUCUCUGAGUUUGAAGAAGCACUCAAGCUGUCUCACGAAGCAACAUCCGAGGGAAAAGACCUCCGAAAAGCUGCAAUCUACGGAAGUAUGGGUUCUGUGCUCUGUGCUAUGGGGAAAUUCGACUCGGCGGAAGGGUUCAUGACCCGGUGCCUUGACAUGGAGGAGACUGUUCUGGGGAAGAUUCAUCCAACUGUGUCUUUGUCUUUGCAUAGCCUUGGCUCGCUGCUUUUCGCUCGAGGUCCGCCUCGCUUUGACGAAGCAAUGAGUAUGCACAAGAGGGCCCUUGCGAUCAGGGAAGCUAUCUUUGAACGAGACCACCCGUUGCUGGCUGAGUCGUUUGUUUUGAUAGCGCCCCUAAGUCAGGCUAUGGGAGACUUCAAGCAUGCCGAAGAUCUUAUCGAGAAAGCUUGUGGGAUUCGAGAACGUGUCUUUGGUAAAAGCCACCCAUGGACUAUUGCUCUUCAUAAAAAAAGCUCAGAGUUGAAAUUUCUCAAGUCAUCUUCCCAUCAUCCGCAAACGUUUCAUCCCAGUCGUCGACGUACAUCGAGGAGAGACCCAGCAAAUCUGGUGAAAGAACUCCGGAAUCACAUGGACGAUGAUCCAGACAGGAAAGCGAGGGAGCGGAAAGGAAGAAAGUCGUGA